AUGUCAAGUAUCGAAUUCGACAAGGACAGCAGGUUGUUCAUGGUACCCGAGGUUGUUGGACCUCGUCAUCGACUACCUUCGGACCCUCGAUUCGAACGUGAACAAUGGUUACAAAGGAGAAACAGUUUAUCUUCCCAGAGGGCCAUUCAUCCUCAUCGAAGUCAUCAUUACUAUUAUGACAACCACCAUCCCCGGCCAAGGUACAUGGUUUACAGCAGUUAUACCACGGCACCUAGCACUCGGUAUUCCAGCACUUUGAGGUCCGUUUCCGAAGGACAUUGUCUUGACCUCGGCGUUGGUGAUUACAAUUCACCAGAAUCAGUCACGUCUUCACAAUCUUCAUCGUCGACGUCUUCGGGCUCACUAGCUACCAUUCGCUCAGGUCGGUUUCAACCAACAACGAGACACCGGUCGAGUAGCAGUGGUAGUCCUGAAAAGGUUGGAAAUGGAAAAGUCCAUGGACAAGACAAUGGAGGAGUUGUCGGUGAUGGUGCAGGAUCUGUCCCAGAACCUCAUGUACUGCCUGUGGUCCAACGUCCACCACCAACUUGGUCUCCUGCAUUACAGCAUGCUCCACUCAGCUCGGAUCCGACCAUUCAAGCAUUGAGUACAGGAUCUAGAUGGCCUCUUCUUCAUCAAAAGUCAUCACCACCUACAUUGUCAUCACUCCAGCAGCGACAGCAGCAGUCAUCCGACUCUACUCCUGGUUUGGCGACGACAAAUUCUCCUGGUCAAGGUCAAAAAGGGGAAAUUGUUGUUGUUACAAAGGCAACAAAAUCAAAGGGUCAAGAAGAAAGUUGUUCAGGAACUACAGUAGUUGGUGGUUCUCUUGUGGAAAAACAAAGACCUUCGACAGCAACAACACUACCACAAUCUGUGCCUAUACCUACUACGUCCCCCCCUCCUCUUCCUGUUGCACCAAUGACAGCCAACACGACCAAAAUUGGUUCCAUGUUCGUCCCGAGAGUUCCCUCAGUUGCACCACCACCACCAACACCGUCACCUUCUUUACCUACACGUUCACCGGGUCAUCAUUAUAUUUUCCCGUCACCUUCGUCAUCCACAAAGAAGGGAGAUCGUACUUGUACAAACACACGUACAAGUUCUGCUACAUCUACAUCGUCAACGACAACAGUUUCAACGAACAAGAACAACAAAAGUCUACGUCGUCCUUCACCCCUGAGGUCAGUACAUCACAAUAGACAAGGGCAAUACUACCAGCCUCAAUCUCAACCUCAACCUCAACCUCAACCUCAACCUCAACCUCGACAAUCAUACCAGAGGCACUUCACCAGUAAUGGCAAUUUCGGUGUCGUCGGUGGAAAUAGGUAUACGAGUGGUCAAGGUCAAGUCCACGAACGAUACAGAUGUGGAUCUAGAUCUGGAGUUUCGAAUCAUCAUCCUAUAAGCAGUGUCAGUACCUACUCCGCUAGUUCUUAUGGGACCACCGAGACAAGAGCAUCAUCAUCUCAAAGUAUCAGCUAA